AUGGCUGCAAGAACAAUAGACAUCCGGGACAAGCUGACACGCGAGACGAAAGCUUCCUCGCGGCCUAGCCUCCUAGCAGCCGGUCCGAGCAAGACCGAGAAGGUGCUAGCCCGUGGACGUCGGGCAAUAUCUGAAGAGCCUGACGAGUCUCUGGAUAGCAACGGGCCCGAAGCUGAUGCUGAUGGCGAGUCCACUCAGGAUGAAGAGUCUAUCAUGCGCAUGUUCUGGCAAGGUCGGCGAGAUCAAGGCUUGCGAGAGUCCGUCUUCGACGAAAAGCCUUCAAAGAGUAGUGAAACACUCCCGACUGGUUGGACUGUUGUGUCCAUCAGUCUGUCAAAGGAGCGCAACUCCAUUGUCCUGACACGCAGGUCUGGCUGUGCCACAUUGUCCGAUCUGGUCUUCUCUCUGCCAAUUGACCGUCAAGCUCGUCGCGAGGGCGAGGAAGAAGAGCUGACGAUUGAUGCUGCGCUAGAGGAGAUGAAUGACAUUGUCACGUCAAGCAACGAUCUGACUGCCAGUGCCAAGAACAUCUCAGACUCUGCUGAAAUGGACGCGCGCAAGAUGUGGUGGACUGGUCGAAGGGAGCUGGACGACCGGCUCAGACUUCUCUGCGAGUCAAUUGAGCUGCGGUGGCUAGGGCCGUUCAAGAGCACCUUCAUGGAUCCCUUGCCAGUCGACCGAGACUCUUCAGCAAUGACGGUCCUUCGGUCGGCUUUCGACCGCAUCGUCAAGAGGCUUUGCUUUCCAUCUGGCACACUGAAGAAAGGUUCAAAAGUCAAGCUCGACGAGGCAAUCCUAGAGGUAGUGGCUGGCUUGUCGUCUACCAAUGUCACCGACGAGGAGCUUGAAGAUCUGCUUCACUUCAUUGCGGACGUCCAUCAGUUCAACGGCGUGCCGGUAGCGGUCGACGAGGCCGACCUCGAUGAGAUCACAGUGGAUCUGCGUUCAGCCCUGGAAGACUUCCGCUCCACUUGCACAAAAGUCCGUCGUGCUCAGCAGGAGCAGGAGGUGGAUCAUCACAUUUUCCUCAUACUCGAUAAAGACACAGCUCCCAUUCCCUGGGAGUCGAUUCCAGCUCUAAGAGGUAGAGCCGUCUGUCGUAUCCCGUCUAUGAGCUUCUUGCAAGACCGCGUGGAGAUGGCUCGCCGUCUGGGCGCAAGUCAAGACAACGAUGGUGCCUUUCACCUGCCCAGGGAGUGCAAGACGUACUAUCUCCUGAACCCCAGUGGCGAUCUAGCAAAGUCUCAGAAGCGCUUCGAGGGCUACCUUCGCUCCAUUCCCAAUUCGCGCGGAUUGAUAGGAAAGGCUCCCGGGCCAAACGAGUACCUCGAUGCCCUUGGCAGUCAUUCCCUCGUCCUCUACUUCGGUCACUCGGGAGGAGAGCAGUACGUCAAGACGACGCGACUGCGCGCUCUGCAACGCUGCGCGGUAACAAUGCUCUGGGGUUGUUCCAGUGCAGUGCUCCGUGAUCAGGGCGAAUAUGACCGGACGGGCACACCACACAACUACAUGAUCGCCGGCGCACCUGCCGUGGUGGGCCAGCUGUUCGAUGCUACGGACAAGGAGCUAGACUGUCUCUCCGAAUCCGUUCUGCUGCACUUGGGCCUCAAGGGGGAGCCUUCCGAGGACUUGAAGGCGGCAAUGAAGUCCUCAAAGGCGAGGUUCGACAAAAUGUCUUUGGCUAGGGCGGUUGCGGAGAGUAGAGAUUGCUGUAGAUUACCAUACCUUACCGGUAGCGCGCCAGUCGUGUAUGGUGUGCCGGUGUACUUUGACAGAGACUGA